AUGCGUUCGAUGACAAGUACAAAGAAUCGUGCAGAGGCGAUACGGAAAUGGACUGUCACAUGCCACUCGAUCACGGAAACGGAAAAAGCGAGGAGAAAUGUCUACCAAAUGCCGGCUUCCGCUUUUACUUUCGACAGAGCUCAUGGCAAAUGUGCUCGUUUCUGGUAUCUCGGUUGUGGCGGUAAUGCGAAUAACUUCUUCUCGUACGAAGUCUGUCAACGAUCUUGUCGAACCCAAAUGCAACGACUCGAACGGCGACCGCGUGCGAACAGCAAUGGUACGAGUUUCUCGUCAAACGUCGGCACCGUUUCAACGACAACGUUGCUCACCUUUGUGCGCCUCUUGUUUGGCCAUUGUCGGGAUCAUGUAGAUGAAAUGCCGCCACGAUGA